GCCCCGCGCCCGCUCCGCCCCCGCGUCGCCGGCCCUAGUCUGCCUGUUUUCCACUCGCGCUCCGGCUGCUGUCACUUGGCUCUCUGGCAGGAGCUUGAGGACGCAAGGAGGGUUUGUCACUGGCAGACUCGAGACUGUAGGCACUGCCAUGGCCCCUGUGCUCAGUAAGGACUCGGCGGACAUCGAGAGUAUCCUGGCUUUAAAUCCUCGAACACAAACUCAUGCGACUCUGCGUUCCACUUCGGCCAAGAAAUUAGACAAGAAACAUUGGAAAAGAAAUCCUGAUAAGAACUGCUUUAAUUGUGAGAUGCUGGAGAAUAAUUUUGAUGACAUCAAGCACACGACUCUUGGUGAGCGAGGAGCUCUCCGAGAAGCAAUGAGAUGCCUGAAAUGUGCAGAUGCCCCCUGUCAGAAGAGCUGUCCAACUAAUCUUGAUAUUAAAUCAUUCAUCACAAGUAUUGCAAACAAGAACUAUUAUGGAGCUGCUAAGAUGAUAUUUUCUGACAACCCACUUGGUCUGACUUGUGGAAUGGUAUGUCCAACCUCUGAUCUUUGUGUAGGUGGAUGCAAUUUAUAUGCCACUGAAGAGGGACCCAUUAAUAUUGGUGGAUUGCAGCAAUUUGCUACUGAGGUAUUCAAAGCAAUGAGUAUCCCACAGAUCAGAAAUCCUUCCCUGCCUCCCCCAGAAAAAAUGUCUGAAGCCUAUUCUGCAAAGAUUGCUCUUUUUGGUGCUGGGCCUGCAAGUAUAAGUUGUGCUUCCUUUUUGGCUCGAUUGGGAUACUCUGACAUCACUAUAUUUGAAAAACAAGAAUAUGUUGGUGGUUUAAGUACUUCUGAAAUUCCUCAGUUCCGGCUGCCGUAUGAUGUAGUGAAUUUUGAGAUUGAGCUAAUGAAGGACCUUGGUGUAAAGAUAAUUUGUGGUAAAAGCCUUUCAGUGAAUGAAAUGACUCUUAGCACUUUGAAAGAAAAAGGCUACAAAGCUGCUUUCAUUGGAAUAGGUUUGCCAGAACCCAAUAAAGAUGCCAUCUUCCAAGGCCUGACGCAGGACCAGGGGUUUUACACAUCCAAAGACUUUUUGCCACUUGUAGCCAAAGGCAGUAAAGCAGGAAUGUGCGCCUGUCACUCUCCAUUGCCAUCGAUACGGGGAGUCGUGAUUGUACUUGGAGCUGGAGACACUGCCUUUGACUGUGCAACAUCCGCUCUACGUUGUGGAGCUCGCCGUGUGUUCAUCGUCUUCAGAAAAGGCUUUGUUAAUAUAAGAGCUGUCCCUGAGGAGAUGGAACUUGCUAAAGAAGAAAAGUGUGAAUUUCUGCCAUUCCUGUCCCCACGGAAGGUUAUAGUAAAAGGUGGGAGAAUUGUUGCUAUGCAAUUUGUUCGGACAGAGCAAGAUGAAACUGGAAAAUGGAAUGAAGAUGAAGAUCAGAUGGUCCAUCUGAAAGCCGAUGUGGUCAUCAGUGCCUUUGGUUCAGUUCUGAGUGAUCCUAAAGUAAAAGAAGCCUUGAGCCCUAUAAAAUUUAACAGAUGGGGUCUCCCAGAAGUAGAUCCAGAAACUAUGCAAACUAGUGAAGCAUGGGUAUUUGCAGGUGGCGAUGUCGUUGGUUUGGCUAACACUACAGUGGAAUCGGUGAAUGAUGGAAAGCAAGCUUCUUGGUACAUUCACAAAUAUGUACAGUCACAAUAUGGAGCUUCCGUUUCUGCCAAGCCUGAACUACCCCUCUUUUACACUCCUAUUGAUCUGGUGGACAUUAGUGUAGAAAUGGCCGGAUUGAAGUUUAUAAAUCCUUUUGGUCUUGCUAGCGCAACUCCAGCCACCAGCACAUCAAUGAUUCGAAGAGCUUUUGAAGCUGGAUGGGGUUUUGCCCUGACCAAAACUUUCUCUCUUGAUAAGGACAUUGUGACAAAUGUUUCCCCCAGAAUCAUCCGGGGAACCACCUCUGGCCCCAUGUAUGGCCCUGGACAAAGCUCCUUUCUGAAUAUUGAGCUCAUCAGUGAGAAAACGGCUGCAUAUUGGUGUCAAAGUGUCACUGAACUAAAGGCUGACUUUCCAGACAACAUUGUGAUUGCUAGCAUUAUGUGCAGUUACAAUAAAAAUGACUGGACGGAACUUGCCAAGAAGUCUGAGGAUUCUGGAGCAGAUGCCCUGGAGUUAAAUUUAUCAUGUCCACAUGGCAUGGGAGAAAGAGGAAUGGGCCUGGCCUGUGGGCAGGAUCCAGAGCUGGUGCGGAACAUCUGCCGCUGGGUUAGGCAAGCUGUUCAGAUUCCUUUUUUUGCCAAGCUGACCCCAAAUGUCACUGAUAUUGUGAGCAUCGCAAGAGCUGCAAAGGAAGGUGGUGCCAAUGGCGUUACAGCCACUAACACUGUCUCAGGUCUGAUGGGAUUAAAAUCUGAUGCCACACCUUGGCCAGCAGUGGGGAUUGCAAAGCGAACUACGUAUGGAGGAGUGUCUGGGACAGCAAUCAGACCUAUUGCUUUGAGAGCUGUGACCUCCAUUGCUCGUGCUCUGCCUGGAUUUCCCAUUUUGGCUACUGGUGGAAUUGACUCUGCUGAAAGUGGUCUUCAGUUUCUCCAUAGUGGUGCUUCGGUCCUCCAGAACUGCUGUACGAUGAUAUUGACAGACAGUGUUGUAGCAGAAAGAGCUUCAAACCAGGCGGGUCUGCCAGCACUGCCUCCAACUAGCUGUGUACCAUGCACAAAUCAUUUAGCCAGUCUGGACUCCUGAUCUCUGAAAUGAGGAAGCUGGUCUGAAAAAAAGUCUAAAUUCCCUUUAAUCUUGUUUGUCACCAUGCUUUGAAAACUAUAAAUUAUUGUAUAGAUAUUUCUUUUUGACAGCAUGCUUUGAAAACUAUAAAGUGCUAUAUAAAAUAUUGCAGAUGUUUUGCAUAGUUUAAACAAAAUAUGUGCUUAUCAAAAUAGGUUAGUAAGAAGAGAUAAUAUAACCUUCUUUUUCCUGAGAAAGCUUUAAGAAUUGGAUGAACAACCCUUCUUAUUCAAUGUUUCAUAUAUGAACCACAUUCAUGGGAGGCUUCUUGAACCUCUUCCAGAUACAUAACUCAGUUAUUAAUGCAAUUUGUGAUGUGAUAACCAUUGCAGAAGAAUUUCCGUUUUUGCUUAAAUAUAGUAAUUCUCCAAUAGAACUUUUACUAAUGAAUUUACAGUAAAUUUGAGACAACUUUAGACUUAAAUUGUAAGCAUAUAUUUUACUUGCAUAUAACCUGGAGGCACAUACUUCUGAGUCCUGAAGUGUAGUUUAUCCACCUGUAUGAUAAGAAAUGAAAAGGGAUAAUUAUGGUCAUGGGUUUAUCUGAGUUGUGUUUAAUAGAUCAAGAUCUCUAUUUUUAAACUUUGUUAUAUUUUAAAAUAGCAUUUGAAAAAUGUGCUAUUUGAUUACACAAAAGCAUGUGCCAGUCUCAGGGUGUUCCUGCUUUUGUAGAACUCUUCUCUGCCAAAUUAUUUACCUGGGAUAAAUAUUUUUAAUCUAAUUUAGAUUUUAUUUGAUAGCUUCCUUGUAAAUUUAUUUUACUUUUCAGAUGAAGUGAGCUUUUUUUUAAUAGGCAAAACUUCCCAUUUUGGCCUCUGCCAGGCACUUGAAAUUCUAGAUUACGUGAAAUUCUACAAUACCUAUGAGGUUUAGUACCAUUCUGUCUAAGCUUUAUAAUUUCCACAGUACUUCCACCUUCAUGAUAUAAUUUAAUCUUCACAACAAUAAGAUGUUAUCAUCCUCCUUUUUCAGAUUUAAAGGAGGGAGAAGGGAAUCAACAAGCUAAAUGACUAGCCCUAGUUACACAGCUGCCAGAUGACAGAGUUGGGUCUCAGACCUGAGUCUUCUGACAACAAAACCAAAGCUUUUUUUUUUUUUGGAGAUCAUUAUUUAAUGCAAAUAAAAAUAAGGUCCAUGCCUUUCCUCUGCAGUAUUUGACCAAAAAUGUAUUACAUUAAAAAAAUUAUAUCCUGCCUAAUUCAUGCCCUAAUGAUUUAUUCAUAGUAUGAAAUUUAAUUUUGGUGCCAAUGUAGCUGAGUAUAAGCUACUAUUUUAAGCACUUAAGUAUGUUGCCUUUUAGUUUCCUAUGUGCUAAGUAUUUAAUCUCCAUUUUUAAGUGAAAAAAAAUGCUCAUGAUUACACAGCUAAGAUGUAAUUGGAACUCGAUUCUGCUUGACUUCUGUGUGCAUGCUCUCAGCCUCUUAACUUAAUAUGGCAUAGAAACCACAAGAUUUGACUUUAAGAAACAGGACUUCAAGUCCAAGCUCUUUCCAUUUUACAAGUAAGAAUAUUACUCCCUCUCCUGACUAAGUCAGGUUUGAGUACUGAAAGAAAUAAUGUAUGUAAAGAAGAUUUUGAAGACGUAAAUCUCCAUAAAUAGGUAAUUUACUGAUAAUCUAGUUAAUCUCAUUUUAUGAGAAAUAAUGAGAAAAGAAUAGCUCCCCACAACCCUCUGUUACCAUCCAGGUAUUUGUACAGUUGUUCUGCACAGGUCGGCCUCUAUUAAAUGCGUCUGCACCUAAAGUAAAAAUUCCGGGCACUGUGUCAGACCCCUGGAGGAGACUAUUUGGCGCUUUAUGGCACACGUCAAAUCACGCUGCACAGGGGGCCACCACCUACUCUGCUCCUGUGUAGGGCUGGUCCUGCUGAGAAUCUAGGGGCCUCUCUUUAAAAUAGCUCACUAUAGGGAUAUUCACACGUAUAGAAAUAAUUAAUGGUGGCAACGAUCCUUAUAAUGGCACCUGAUGCCCUGCUGUGAAGAAAGAUAAACCAGCCUUCACCAUAAAGAACUUACAAAUUAUACUAAGCAAACAUGUUAACAGCUAUUAAGAGUCCUAAUCAGAGCUGUUAAACAAACAAUUAAGAGAUGUCAUAUAAAAUGCACCCAUUUAGGCAUAGCAGCUACAUGUUUGGAGUUUUAACAGGAACCAUUUACCUUUGAGAUAGCGAUAAGGCCCUCAAUGGAGUAUAUAAGUUAGGCAAGGACAAGGCAUCUUUCUAAGCAGUUCCAUUUCCUGAGAUCAAAUCCAUGGGCAAAGCUGUUCUCAAUGGUGCACUUGCAUCCUAAGAUUUAUUUUUCGUCUUAUUAGUAUUUAAUCAGCAAAUUAUUCUUGUUUCUUCAAACAUGACUUCUUAUUAUAAGUAGUGCAUUCUUUGAAAGGCUAGGAAAAUGUUGAUAUAAUCUAAUAGUAAAAAUUAAGAAGAAACCUAUUUGUUUAGAAUAAAUUUUUUGGGUUGGUUCCAAGUCUUUGCUAUUGUGAAUAAUGCCGCAAUAAACAUACGUGUGCAUGUG